AAGAAAAAUAAUUUUAGUAGGAGUAAUUUUAAACUAAAAAAAAGUUUAUUUCCUAUCUCUCUCUUCAUCUUUAUAUAAACCUGACCCUUUGUGACAUUCUGAGACCCAUUAUUAUUUUUUCAGUUCCUCUUGACUAUUUCCUCUGUUUACAAUUUCUCUCUUCCAUCACUUUCUUGAAGCCUUCCAUUUAGAAUUCCAAAGCAAAUCAUAAACUUGAAAAAGAUGUCUACUUUUUCAUCAUACCAAUUACAACAACACAAUACCCCUUCUCUUCUUGAUUCAGUAUUUUUGCCAAGUUCACCUCUAAAAAUGUCUGGCUUUUUUGAGGAACCAAACAAUUCUUGUGUUGUCCAAAAUUGUUUUUCUCAAUUUUACCAACCAGAAUUCCCUACCAAUAAUGUUAAUGUUAAUGAAAAUAGCUAUUGCCUUGACCAAAACACAAAUGUUACUAACAAAAGUAGUAGCAGUAUAAGCUUGGAUAUGGACUCUUCUUCUGUUACUGAUAAAAUGGAAAGUGGAAAUAAUAAGCCUAAUGUUACUAGUCCUAUGGACAAGAAAAGAAAAUCCAGAGAAGGGUCUUCUUCUAUGACUUCUGCAAAUUCUAAGAAUGUAACACAAGGUGAUAAUGGGAAAAAGAACAAGAGCAAUAGCAAAUUAGUAGCCAAAGAUGAGAAAAAAGCUAAUGAAGAGGCACCAACAGGCUACAUUCAUGUUAGAGCAAGAAGAGGCCAAGCAACUGACAGCCAUAGUCUUGCUGAAAGGGUGAGGAGAGAGAAAAUAAGUGAAAGGAUGAAAAUGCUGCAAUCUCUUGUUCCUGGUUGUGACAAGGUAACUGGGAAGGCCCUUAUGUUGGAUGAGAUAAUCAAUUAUGUCCAAUCUUUGCAAAAUCAAGUUGAGUUUCUGUCAAUGAAACUUGCUUCUUUGAAUCCAAUGUACUAUGACUUUGGCAUGGACUUAGAUGCACUCAUGGUCAGGCCUGAUGACCAGAAUUUGAGUGGCUUGGAGACACAACUACCAAAUAUUCAGCAAGCUAGCACUACUACAUCACAAGCAGCUGAAGUUAUUCCUAACACUAAUAGUGGCUAUCCUUUUUUGGAUAAUUCAGCAUCACUUAUGUUUCAACAAGCCCAUUUCCCUAAUUCCAUUCAUCAGGGAAUUGGACAGCUCUUAUGGGGUGCAGAAGACCAAAGACAAAAAAUAAUAAAUCAGUCAGGAUUCAGCAACAACUUUUGUUCUUUCCAUUAAUGUAACACCAGGACACUGCCUUGCCCUACACAACAAUUUGGGAGAUCCAUUAAACCUGACUAUAGCUAGCCUCUAGUAUAUAAUAACAUGUGGAUGGAGGACUAUAAAGUAAAUCACCCUAUUAUCAAGGCUGGGAGUAUUUUUAUUUAAAUCAGUGGAAGCCAAAAGAGUACUUAUUAGUCAUCAGAAGGCAAAGGCAGAUCUUUUUGGAGAUCCUUUUGAUUGCUGGCUGUGUCCAAUAUUUGACUUAUAAUUCCUGAAUUUAUUGAAAGCACAAGUUCCUAUAGCCAUGUGAUGAUAGUGGUGGACUGGUGGGUGGUUUAAACCCUAGUUUAGCUAGAAAUUAAGAGGAAGAAUAUCAUGUAGAGAGAGAAAAAAAUGUACUAGUACUUUUUCUCCUUUCCUUUUUUGCAUUUUCUUAAUUCUUCUUGUAUUAGCAUGUGUACCUAGUUAUGAUAAUAUGAUUAAUGCUUUAAUCAAUGUGGUGUUAGUCUUUAA